AUGCUGGACGAAGAAGGCAUGGGAAACGAGGCGAUGAGCACGAUCGGUGGCUCGUAUUGUCCCAAUGGCCCCAGCGGAGAGGAGGUCGAAGAGGAAGGUCUUGCUGUGUACCGUCCUGGAGGUUUUCAUCCUGUGCGCCUGGGGGAGGUCUGUGGCGAGAAGUACAGAGUCUUGCGUAAAUUGGGAUACGGACAGUACUCGACUGUCUGGCUGGUGAGGAAUCUAGGCGAUGCAACGCACUGGGCGAUGAAAGUCCUCAGCGCCGAAUGCUAUGGCACUGACGUCGACAUCUACGAGCUCGAGAUCUUGAAGCAUUUGAAAGCGGAGGGUUCUCGACAUGAAGGUUCGCGAUACAUCACUAGUCUGGAGGAUUCUUUCGAACAUCGGGGUCCAAAUGGCAACCACGUGUGCCUGGUCUUCAAGCUCAUGGCGGAGAGUCUGGCGACGUUCACGGACUGGUUCGACGAUGGUGGGAUCCCGGCGCCGUUGGUGCAGAAGUUCACGAGGCAGGUGCUGCGGGCUGUGGAGUUUGCGCAUUCUUGUGGGGUUAUACAUACGGAUAUCAAGCAGUCCAACAUCAUGGUGCAGAUACCUGACGAAAGCCUCCUGAUGCGAUCUCCCAAAGAAUCAGACGACGACCUGCGAGCGCGCGAGAAGAGCGUUUCCGACGAACGCCCCGCGACUGGUAAUGAUGGCUACGCUAUCAUCCCGAGCAAAGGUCUCCGCGACGAUUACUUCGGAGAAGACUACAACCUCAUGAACCUGGAUAUCGCCCUGGCCGACUGGGGCGUGGCCACAUGGGCGGACAAACACCUCAGCGAACUCAUCCAGCCAGUGUUGUUGCGUGCGCCUGAGGUAUCCCUUGAAGCGCCCUGUGAUCAGUCCGUUGAUAUCUGGAACAUCGGCGCUCUAGUCCCCGAGCUCGUGUUCGGGCAGACCAUGUUCAAUGGGAGAGCGACAGGAAAAUACGAACUGAAGAGUCAUUUCGAGGAGAUGAAUGCCCUCCUAGGCCCUUUUCCCAAGACUUUGGUUGAGAGUGCGCGCUUGGAGGAGGCAAGGGCGUGGUUUGACGAGGAGGGCAAUGUGAAAGAUCGUCGAACGACGAGAGUUGUAGGGUUGGAGGAGAGGUUUGAAGGUUUUGGAGAGCAAGCGGAGAAGUUUGAGGGGUUUGUGAGGGCGAUGUUGUGGCUGGAUCCGAAGGGGAGGAUGUCGGCGAAGGAGUUGUUGGAGGGUGAAGAGGAAAGUGGAAAGAGAGGGGUGGAUGGGACAUAA